AUGCUGUGGUGGAAGAGCGGCGGCAAUCAGCCGGUCAUCCUCCGAUCCCCAACCUGCCGGCCUUCGUUGCCCAUAUGCGAGUCGUCGCUGUCGCCGUCGCCGGCCCCGUCGCCGUCGUCAUCGUCGUCUUCCUCCUCCUCGCCGGGGGGGCGCCGGCAGGAUGGCAGAGGGGCGUUGAGCGGACGUGACGACGAUCUCCCCCGCAGGCCGCCGCAGCUGACGCGGCAGAGGAAGCUGCGGCACCUGAGCGACUUCUACGUGGAGGGCCUUGGCCGAGGGCUCGACGGGGGCGCCACCAAUGGCUGCGGCGGCAGCGGCGGUUGGUGCGUGGCGGCGGCGCCGACCUCGUCGGCGUUGAUUCCUCAGCCGCUUCCCCUCCCGGCGGCGGACUCUGCGCACAAGGGAUCAGCCAGCUCCGGCCACGAGUUCCUCAAUCUGCCCUCGUUCCGAGGGGAGCGGGUGGAGGCGAUUCUCUCCGCCGAGCCCUCUCCGUCGAUCAUGGAAACCGCCGGCGAGAGGCUCCCGUCGGCGGCGAGCUUCAAAAGGUUAGCCAUUGGAGGAUUCGCCUCCCUCACCUGA